AGAAAAGCAACUUCUUUUUCUUUACCUCUUUUAACCCUUUCUGAUUCCAUGGCAUAAAGUCCCAUUCCCAUCAUGCCAGCUGCCAUUGCUUUAUCAACAUCCACUCAAGACACUCACUCACUUUACUCUCUCUGUGGGCACCAUGCUUUGAGAAAAAAGGUUAGAUGCACAGGGUUCUUUCCUGUCCUUUUCCUGCGGAACUGAAUUUUAUGUAGGAUUGAAAAUCCAGGUUCAUGGCAGACCACUUAUCAAAGACAACAUCGAUUUUUGGUCUCCGUUUAUGGAUUGUUCUCGGAGUCUGUGCCGGAGCCGUCUUUGUACUUCUUCUCUUUUUCGUUUCUCUCUGGCUUGUCUCCAAGCGCACCAAAGUCAAAUCAUCUUCAAAACCCAGAAUCCCCUGCGUCCCCAAAGAGAUUCAUGCCCACCGGACACAAGUCCAGGCAGACCCGGACUCUGACCAGGUUACUGGUUUGGAACGGCAGGCUUUGCUUUUGCCUCUGGAGGAGGAGAGCCCAUUUGGGUAUCAUGGAAUUCAUGUUGAGAUUGGGAAGGAGCAUAGGAUUUCGUAUCCCGGAUCGUAUUUGCAUGGAAGUGGAGGUGAGGUGCGGGCCGAUCACAUUUCCGUGGUUGUUCCUGAGGUUUCGCAUUUGGGAUGGGGACAUUGGUAUACUUUAAGGGAGCUUGAGGUUUCGACAAAUGGGUUUGCCAACGAGAAUGUGGUUGGCAAAGGUGGGUAUGGGGUUGUGUACCAUGGCGUCUUGGGGGAUAAUACUCAUGUUGCUGUCAAGAACUUGCUCAAUAACAGGGGACAGGCUGAGCAUGAGUUUAAAGUUGAAGUAGAGGCGAUUGGGCGGGUUCGGCAUAAGAAUUUAGUGAGACUGCUGGGUUAUUGUGCUGAAGGAGCUCACAGGAUGCUGGUUUACGAAUAUGUAAAUAAUGGAAACUUGGAACAGUGGCUUCAUGGAGAUGUAGGGCCUUGUAGUCCACUUACCUGGGAGAUUCGGAUGAAUAUAAUUCUGGGAACCGCGAAGGGGUUAACUUACCUUCAUGAGGGACUUGAACCUAAAGUUAUUCACCGUGAUAUUAAGUCGAGUAACAUUCUACUUGACAAGAAGUGGAAUCCCAAGGUCUCAGAUUUUGGACUUGCCAAGCUCCUGGAAUCAGAGAAUAGCUACAUCACAACCCGCGUCAUGGGCACAUUUGGCUAUGUAUCACCUGAAUAUGCUAGCACAGGCAUGUUGAAUGAAAGAAGUGAUGUGUAUAGCUUUGGAAUUCUUCUUAUGGAAAUUAUUUCUGGGAGGAACCCUGUUGAUUAUAGCCGGCCUCCAGAAGAGGUGAACUUAGUUGAUUGGCUUAAGAAGAUGGUUGCUAAUGGGAAUGCAGAGGGAGUAUUGGAUCCCAAGUUACCUGAGAAGCCCGCUCUUAAAGCCCUGAAGAGAGUGGUUUUUGUGGCUAUACGUUGUGUGGACCCAAAUACACAAAGGCGGCCAAAGAUGGGUCAUAUCGUUCAUAUGCUUGAAGCUGAGGAGUUCCCCUUCAAAGAUGAUCGUAAAGCUGGAAGGGAGAGAGGGAAUACAUGUCAAGACAUCAAGACAGUCCAAAGGAUGCAUCCAAUAGAGAAGUGAUGGAAGCAGGUGUGUUUUCAAUUUCAGUGUCUGGCAACAAGGAAUGAUGAUAACAUCAAGGAUGUGAAGGGGAAAAGCAUUGAAGAGCUAUAAAACUUCAUUGAGGUGAAUUGCACAUGCUUUGUCACUCGUUGCUCCAUUUAGAAAAAGAUCUAAAUUAGAGUAUCUCAGUCAAUGCAUUGCCUACAAGGAUGAAUACGAGCUCUUUUUUUUCUUCUUUUCUUUAUUUUUUUUGUUCUGGGAGUGAAAUUAUAGCCCAAGUUAUUUGAUCUUUUUCCUUUCCAAUAAAAACAAGGUUGUUCCAAGUUCUGGGUUAUGAUUCGCUGAAAGCAAGAUAUGAAAAUUUACUACAUUGUUUAUUUCUGUAUAGAGGUAAUCCAGUGCUUCUU